AUUGAUAAUCAUGGGGUUUUGAGUGACCAAUUAUAUGGAAAGGCAAAAUUAGACUUUGUAUUAUAAAGCUCUUAACCGUGAGGGGAAUAGAGAAGCAAGAGGUGGGUUUUGUUUUCUAGUUGAAUGAAGCAAAGUUUAUCCUUUGCACUUUUGUUUCUUAACGGUGAAGGAUCAAUAGCUUACAAGAAAAGAUUAUAAAAGUUUAUUAAGUGAUAAGAUUAUCACAAGAAUUAGGCAACUAAUGGUAAAGGAAACAGUGAGAAAUGAAAUUAUCAAUUCUUUUCUUAGUGGUGAAAAAGGGAUGAAGUUAGGAGGUGGAUUUUGUCUCUUAUGAUAAGUAAGGGCAUUUUGGUCAUUUUUUUUCGGGUAAAAAUACAUAUUUUGAUACAAAUCUUUAAACAUUUUACUGACCGGAAAUAAGCUGUAAAAUAAUAAUUUACUUUCCUUAAAAUUAGCUUCUGAAACAAUAUAAUAUUAAAAUAAAAUUCAAGAUUAAAACAUUCGUUCUUGUUAAAACAGAGACAAAACUUUAAUUAAGCUAAUAAAAUAAAUAUUAGCGUAUAAUAAAUCAGGUUAUAAAAUAUCGAGUAUUACACCAAUUGUGUUAAAGUUUCAGAGUGCUGAACAUGUGGUUGAUGUUGCAAUUGAUGAUGUAGACAAAGUUAUGUGGAUUGACUUAAUUAUAGAGUAUGAAGAAUUGUUUAGGAAGAACCGUUACAUGAUGCCUAAACACCCUACUUUUAUUUACUGCUAUAAUAAGAAACAUAUCCCUAUAAUGAGUGAUAGUGUUUUAAUGUCAAUGUUAGAAAGGUUAGGAAGCAAAAAGGUGAUCAUAGUUUAUGUGGGAUCAGGGAGUGAACCUUCUGAUUGUGUUGUAGCUGCUAGGAAUCUGACAGAAAGUUUGAAGAAAAAUACACACAUACAUUUUGGAGUUGAACCACCUAAGUCUAACAACAAAGAAAUAGAUGAUAUGACUAGUCAAAAUGAUGAAGAGUGGACUGAAAUAAAUGAUAUUUUGUUAGAUAUGCAUGAUGUUAUAUUAGAUAACUUGGCAAGAGUAGAUGAUGAAGAAGAACAAGGAAGGAGUCAGUUAAGGAAGAAUAAAGGUAAAGGGGGGGCUAGUGUGUCAAAACCUAGGGCUAAGAGGUUGACAGUUACGAGAAAACUCCCACCAAAUGAACCAGUAACCCUUACUGCCACAACUACCUUCUCAAAUGCUCCUGUAGUUGACACACCAAACCUGUAUACAACAUCUUCUCACAAUAAUUCAUUACUUCUUCAUAAGAUUCCUAAGAGUACAGCUGCCAGGAGAGGUUUGCUUAAUACUUCUCAUCAAAUUGAAGCACAAGUGAUAACUGAAAAGGAAUUUAAUGUGGGGGUUCAUCAUAUGUUGGGAAGAAUUUUUGAGCAUGGAGAAAGUAGCAUGCAAGUUUCUGCAGGUAAUGAAGGUCCUGGUGGUGUUAGGAAUGAAAUUCAUGAUGUGUUAGAAAGGGAACAUGGUAGUGAUGAAGUUCAUGAUGUGUUAGAAAGGGAACAUGGUAGUGAUGAAGGAGAUGGUUGGUUUGGGGAGAUUAAUGACAAUUAUGAUCCUUAUCUGUCUGACAAGUGGGAGAGUGAAUAGUUGAUGAUGACAAUUAUUUCAGCAAAAUGUAUAAGAAUGGGGAAUUUGUUGAUGCUGUAGAAUUUGGAAGCAUUGUGUUGAAACCAUGGAUGAUCUUUACUGACAAAUCACACUUUAUUUCUGUACUUAGAGAUUACUAUAUCCAAUGUGGUUUUGCUUUAGUAGUAGAUAGAUCAAGUCCAACCAGGUUUACUGCUCAAUGCUUAGCGUUGAAUUGUAACUGGAGGAUUCAUUCAAGUGUACUCCCUGAUGGCACUACAUGGGCUAUUAAGAGUAUACAAAACUCUGAGCACACUUGCAGGGUUUAGAUGAGAUAAAUCCAUUGGUGAAUGUAAAGUAGGCAGCAAGUAAGCUAAUGGAAGAUAUAAGGGCUAACAAUGACAUCACUGGAAAAACAUUGAAUGAUUUACUAUGGAGCAGGUAUGGGGUUCAAAUGGCUACAAGUAAACAUGGGCAACGUGUCGUGCCAUACCGCCGCAGGCCGUGCCUUGCCGUGCCGCGGUGGGGGCCGUGCCGGCUCCGCGGUGGGCCGUGCCGUGCCUGAAAUUGGCACACCCCAGCUCACGGCACGACACGGCCCACCUGCCUUGAGGGCCGUGUCGUGCCGGGCCGCGGGCCAAACCGUGCCACCCUUUUUAAAUUUUUUUUUUAAUAAAUGAAAAAAAAACGA